GACUUUCUUCUGAUUUUGCUGCGGGAACUGCUGCCCAUGAGACCGGACUUGCGACUGAUUCUCAUGAGUGCUACACUGGAUGUGACCGCCUUCUCCGAAUACUUUCACUGCCCGGCUUUGGAAGUGCAGUCGGAAUCGCUCUUCCCCGUGGAGGAGAUCCACUUGGAGGAUGCCUUUUUCAGCGACUUCGCCUUCACCAAUGCGCUUCCGAAUGCCGAGAAGCAAUCGAGGCAGGCGAAUGAAGACGGUGAGGGGGAGGGGCCUGAGAUGGAGAAGUGCUUGGACAUGAUGGACUCGGCCAUCGGCUCCAUCGUGGACGAGCUCAGCCGACGGCCGGACCAAGACCGAGGAUCCGUUCUGUGCUUUCUUCCUGGCUGGAAUGAGAUUCGACAGAUCGAGGAGCGGCUGGCAGAGGGCUCAAGGGCUUCGGCCAUUUGGGCUGUGCCGCUGCACUCCACCUUGCCGAAAGAGCGGCAACAGCAAGUCUUCAGGCGACCGCCACGGGGGAAGGUCAAGGUCAUUCUGGGGACGAACAUCGCGGAGAGCUCAGUGACGAUUGGUGAUGUGGAGGUGGUCAUUGACUCGGGCUUGCAACGAGAGCUCACUUACGACCCCAAGCGCCGCAUCUCCUCGCUGGACACAGUCUGGGUCUCGCAGAGCGGUGCCGUGCAGCGCCGGGGCCGUGCCGGGCGCGUGCGCGCCGGCCGCGUGCUGCGCUUGUACAGCCGAGAGCAGUUCGACGCCUUGCCCUUGCAGCCGUCGCCGGAGAUGCAGCGCUGUGAUCUGGCACAGAGCUGCCUACAAACUGUGGCGUUGGGUCGGCAUCCCCGGAGCUUCUUGGCCAACGCCAUCGACCCCCCCGACGUGGCGGCGGUGGAGAUGGCCAUGGAGCAGCUGGUGGCGAUCCACGCCGUGGACCACUCGGAUCCCGACCCGGAGGUUUGUCCCUUGCUGCUGCCCAUCGGCGAGGUUCUGGCACGCUUGCCCUUGGAGCCGCUUCUAGGUCGUGCUGCGUUGUUGGGUUGCAUCUUGGGGCUUCCGGAGCACUCGGCCGCGCUGUUGGUGGCUGCUGGCGGUCGGACGCCCUUCUUAGGAAGCCGCUCUGAGCUCAGCGAUGCCCAGGGCGCGUUUUGCCUUUGGUCAGACCCUUUGGCAGCAGCCAAAGCCGUCUUGGCCUAUGAGAAGCUGGCAGCCAAGAACCUGCAGCAGGCCAACCAAUGGGCGGCUGAGAAGAAUUUAAGCGCCAGCAGACUGGCCAACUUGUCAAAGGACAAGUCCUUCCUUCUUCGUGACAUGAAGCGCGCAGGCUUGCUCCGAGGACUGCAAGCCAACGGCUCCGGAGCGGCGCGGAGCUCGGAGCCCAGAGGGCUCGGAGGUCCAGAGGGCGCGGAGCUGCUGGAGACGCGCGGGGAGUUGGAGGAGGCGCUGCUGGAAGUGGAGCAGGAAGAGGAGACCGAAGACGGAAGCCUCUCGAUGGACGAGCCGCUGGAGGGCGAUCUGGAGGCCUUGCUGGCCACCGUCCUUUGUAGCGCAUAUCCUGGAAACAUUGCAAUGCGCUCGCAAGAGAACAGGAGGAACUUCAACCUGAGCAGCCAUGCCACAGCGAACAUGUCCCCAGCAUCGGUGAACUUCAACUCCCAUGAAACUCAUCCGUGGUGGCUUUACUGUGAUGUGGCGAGCAGCCAACGAACGUACAUGCACAGCAGCACCUUGAUCCACGAUUGGCAGAUCGCGCUCUUCGGUGGCCUGCGCUUCAAAGAGGCCUAUGAUCAGAAGAAACACACCUGCAUGACCCUGGACAAUUGGCUCCAGGUUGGCGGGCUGCAUCGGAGGACGAACGAGCUGAUCUUGAAGCUACGUGCGCAGGUGAGGCACUGCAUCGCCUGGAAAGCCUUGGACGCCUUAGAAGGGCCUGAAAAGCUCAAGGAGGUCUCCGAGGCCGAUGAAGUGCUGGGGAACUUGCGCUCCUGGUUACAGGUUCUCGCGAGGAAUCCCCAGAAUACCGAGGACACCCUUGAGGAUGAGAGCACGCUCACCUUUGAAGAAGAGAAGGACGAGCAGGAUGAGGAGCUGGAUGAGACACCAGACGACGAGGAACUGAUGGUGAACGGUUUGGCCGAAGAAGAUCUGACCAAGUUGACCGUCUCGCAGCUCAAGGAUUUGCUGAAGGAGAAGGGCUUGAAGGUGAGCGGCCGCAAGAGUGAGCUCGUGAGCCGCUUGGCGGACUGAAGCCACGCCAGGUGCGGGCUGAAGCCACGCCAUGCUGUGCGGACCGAAGCUCCAAAUGACCAGGUGACGAGUCGACCCACUUCACCAGACCCGUCCUCGUCGCGUCGACCCGCGGUCGAGAAAAAAAGGGGACCGACGCUGCGGUGCGAAGCUUGGCCAGAUUGGAAAAAGGAUCCGGCGACGUUCUG